AGAAAGUUGGCAGUUAUUAGCACCACAGUCCACACCAAUACUACUCAAUUUUCAUCAACUCUCUCAAAUACUUUUACGACUGUCUUCGUCCUUGUCUUAGUCCCCAUUUUUUUGGCCUGUUUGUAGAUUCUAUUUUUGAGCAGACAUCACAAGUUGACAGAAGAAAGAAAGAUUUAACAUUUAACGACAAUGGAAGCAUGGCUAGCUGAACUGGAUAUGGAAGUAGAUCCCGCAAUUCCAACUAUAAUUUGCAACCCUUACCACCAAAAUCACCAAAGUGAAACAAUGGAUGUAUUGUUUGAUGAACAACUCACUACUACACUCGAUGAACAUUUUCCCUAUAUCUCUACGGAAAGCAACACCGAUAUCUCUCCUCCAUUGGAUUUUGAUUGGAAUUUUAUCGAAGAAUUCAUGUCUCCUCGUAUUAUUUCUAACUAUGACGACAACGACAAUAACAACAGCAAUAAUCAUAACGAUAAUAUUGUGAGCUUAGAUGUCCAAGAAAAGAGAAAAUUGAAGAAUAAGGAAGAAACUAAGAAGCAAGAGAUAAAUGGUGGUACAAAGAGAAAACGACAACCAACUCAAGUUCAAGAUCACAUCAUAGCCGAGAGAAAGCGCCGAGAAAUCCUCGGUCAAAUGUUUAUUUCUCUUUCUACCAUUGUUCCUGGUCUUAAAAAGAUGGACAAAACAACGGUGUUAGGAGAGGCAAUUAAAUACAUGAAGCAACUUCAGGAGACCGUGAAAACUCUUGAAGAACUGGCAGCAAAAAAAAUUGUGGAGUCCAUUGUGGUGGUUAAAAAAUCUAAAUUGAUGGUAAAUGAUAACGAAGGUGGCAAUGAUAACGCUUCUUCUUCAACUGUGGAUGACAAUUGUGCAAUUGACAUGUGCGGCUCAAGUGCUAAAGAUGGUAGUAGAUAUGAGGCCAAAAAUCUUAAUGAUCUAAAACCAGAAAUUGAAACUAAAAUAUCAGGUCAAACCCUUCUUAUAAGAGUCUCUUGUGAGCAACAUAAAGGGAUUUUGGCCAAGUUAAUUACAGAGGUAGAAAAUCAUGAUAUGAGAGUUACUAAUUGUAGUGCUGUGCCGUUCGAGAGCUUGGGCUUAGACAUUACAAUUGUCACACAGAUUGAAAAGGGUUUCACUAAGAAUGUAAAAGAAUGCAUAAGAAGGCUCCACUCCUCACUCCAAUUGGCUAGCCGUUGAUACUUUGCAUCAAGUGGAUGAUCAACUCGUAAUUUACGUUGAGAAUCAUGCUUCUAAGUAGUGGGAAUGUUGUUUAUGAAAAUAUCUGCAAUUACUGUUGUUUAGUUUUAGUAAGUUAUUGAGUUUGAAUAAGUCAAAGUAUACCUAGUUAUUAGUUAGUGGGUCACUUACUGUGUGGGUUUACAA